AUGCGACCAUACAAAGGCAUAUGGCGGAAGCGCGACGUGCUACCGUUUUGGAUUUUACAAAUCUUCUUCAUUGUCAUUUCUACUGUCGCCGCAGCCUUACUUUUCGUUGGCGCGUCCUCCGUAGAGCGGCAGCAGAGCGAGAUCGAGAUUAAGUCGUCUGGUGCCUUUACGAUCGUGUACCUAGGCUAUGAGGCCGAUGACCUAGUCAAGUACGCGAGGAUCAUAGGAACUAUUACGCUCGUCCACGGUGUCGGUACUCUUAUCUUUGACAUUGUUGAUGUUAUACUAUACGCCGGGGGGCCGGUUGAAUACAGAUUACCCAUGAUCACGAGCAUUGCGCAGCUCGUCUGGGGCAUCAUAUAUUACACGAACCGCAAACGAAACGGCCAGCUCUCAAACCGGUCUGGUCAGAAUUCUGUCAGAGAUGACGGAAGUUAUUAUAUGGUGUACGAUGCUAGAGACCGAUGGAUCUAG